GUAUAAUCGAGUAUAUAUUUGGACAAAAAGCGAAGUAGCAAUCGAGCGUAUAAUCAGACAUUAAACAAUGAUCAAUCUGGCGCCUAUUGUAACAAGGUUCCGGAUGUGAUAUCGUAAAUGGAAUCUGCGCUUUGUGAUAAUUACAAUUAUUGUUUGAUCAAACGCUGCAUGCCAUGCGUAGAAUUGAUAACACGAUCCUCAGAUAUGCUGUACACAUGCAUGUCUACUAAUAACGCCCGUCUGCCAAUUCAAACAUGUACAUAAAAAAAGUUGGAGAAGGAAGAUUUCAAAGUCUGGAAGCUGAUGCCUGUUCCGGGGAUAAAAUCAGCCAAUAACUGUAACUCCAGCAUUUUCUUUCGGGACGUAAUCGUCCCGCAGGAUUGCUUCAGUAAAUCUCGACCUUCCUUAAAGGAUCUAAACGUAUACGUCUGCCAGUAUGGACUACGACGACGGCGGCGCCGCGACGCCGUUCCCAUGGAGACGUAUCGUCAAAACAGUAUAUCCAGCGGCACAGAAACACACAUGAGUCCAUAACAACACGAGCCCCGACUGCGCUUCCACCUCCGCGUGAAAUCCUUGUUUGACAUUGAGCAUUGUUAUAAUGAGAAUACUGUAAAGAUGUGGCGAAAGGUGACAAUAUCUGGAGUCGCGUUCUUCUGGCUGGUGGUGGCCACUGCGUCCGCGAUCCUAAACGGUUUCGAGACCACCAAAGACUUAACGGAGGAUCCGAAUUUCAACUGCAAAUGGUCGGGAGGCACGGACUCACGAUUGGAAUGCUCUUGCCUCACCGGGAACGAGGAAUUCUACAUAAAGAAGAACUCGAUACCGGCGACCGAUUUGUACGCGAUCAACAUUACGAAUUGCGGCAAGAUCCGUUUCGGGCCGAACGCUAUUUCGGACAUGAGGAAUCUGCGGAUUUUGGAAUUGAACGGAAUUGGAUCUUUAUUCUUCGAGGAGGAGUCUUUGCUUUGGACUGGGUAUACAAGGAACAAAGAGAAAAUUGAAGAUUGGGACUCGACUAUUCCAUCGUUGAAGAUAUAUGUUGUUGGGGGCACGAUCAAAAAGAUCUCUAGUCACGCGAUCAAGGGCCGCAUCAACCGCAUCCGGUUCCAGCACGUAGAAAUCGACGAGAUAGCCCCAUUCGGCUUCAGCUCGUUGGAGCAGAAUCAGGAAAUACAAUUCGAUCAUGUCAACGUCCGAGAACUUCUACCGCAGAGCUUCAAGAAAUUCCCCACUGAAAAACUGGUGAUUACUAACUCGGUGUUUGGAGAAAUUCCCAGUAGGGCUUUCUACGAUGUCCUGGUUAAGCAUGAGUUUCUUCUUAAGAAUGUCACGAUAGAGACACUGAAGCCAUCCGGAUUUAUCAUCGUAAACCCGCACAUCUUCGAGCUCAGGGAUUCGACAAUUGUGAACUUCAACGGGGAAGGUUUUAAAGUGACGACGCGUGGAAACGUGCACGUCAGGAACAACGAGUUCUUCAACGUUGGAAUGGGGGCAUUCCGCAACAUAAAUCUGAAUAGAGAGGAAGUCCCUGGGCUGCAGCUUUUCGUGCUAGAGUCGAAUACUUUUCACAAAUUGAGCAGGGAUGCGUUGGUCAUUAACGAAACUAGUUUCAUACCGAAGUUUAGCGGAUUACGACUGCAGGAGAAUUGCGAUUGCAACAACGAGGACAAGUAUAUGAAAAGCACGCACGAACUCAACUGCUUAGUAGACAACGAAUGGAUUAGCUUCAACGAUUAUAAAAACAUGCACUGCUCGGUGCUCACCAGCAAAGUUGGCGUUACCAUAAUCGUCGUCAUAGUAUGCUCAUGUUUAUUAGUGAUCGGUAUUAUCGGGUUUGUUUGCUACUUCCGUAGAUUAUACAGAUGCGGUAGUUAUGGUAAAGAAGGCGCGGAAAAGCAGGGCAAGAUGAGCAUGAUCGUACCAGAUGGCAGGACAUACAGGGAGACGGAAUUGCAUGUUAUAGUUGAAAGAGCAGAUUUAUUGACUACCGACUUGUAAUGACUUAUACACCCCAAGCCAAUACCUCUAUAUUGUUUGAUUCAGUAUUGUUUCUACGUACAUUUACUUAUUUGUAUCGCGUUAAUUUUCUGUGAUAAAUUAAGUUUAGAAUUAUUUAAAUUCAAGUUACCAAAAUUAGAUAAGACAAUAAUGUUAAGUAUACAAAGGUGCAUGUAACCAUUCUAGUAACUAUAGACUUCUGUUACUGAAAACUUUUAAGAGAAAAUCUCAAAUAGACAUGCAUCUUCUAAAAAAUGUAAAGAACGAGUACUCACCCAUAGGGAAGUAAACCAUCCAAAGCUUGAAUUACGGUCGGAGGACAAUU